AUGACAUAUCCAAUUUUUUAUCCUAAUGCGGAACAAGGUUGGGGUGAAGAUUUGACCCUGAUUAAUACUGGCAAUACGAGAAGAAACAAAGCAAGAGUGGCUGAUGAACUUGCAGCCGACUUGGCAAUUUUUAAUCCUGCUGAAGCCCCUGUAGCAACUAAUAAGCGGAAACGUGUAACUUUGAAAAUGUAUUAUUCGUAUUUAUUCUCGAUUAGAAAUCAGUUUAGUCCGAUUCUAAGCGGCGGAAAACUAACUCAACAAUAUUUUGUUGAUGCAUAUGUGAAAGCAGAGGCUAACGAUUUAAAUUACAUCAGACACCAUCAAGGUGAUCUACGAGCUGAUUCAUACUCAUCAUUAAUAGAUCAUGUUUCUGAAGCUCAUGAUGCAAUACCUGGAAAAAGAAUUAUUUUGCCCUCAACAUUUGAAGGGAGCCCGAGAAAUAUGAAUCAAAAAUACCAAGAUGCAAUGACUAUUGUUCGCAAGUUUGGGAAACCGGAGGAUUUGUUUGUCACAAUGACUUGCAAUCCGAAAUGGGAUGAGAUAGUUCAAAAUUUAAGAACCGGAGAGCGAGCAAAAAAUAGACCCGAUUUAGUAGCUAGAGUGUUUAAACUCAAACUGAAAGAACUUCUUGAUGAUUUGAUCGAAAAACAAGUCUUUGGUACAGUUUUGGCUAAAGUGCAUGUUAUCGAAUUUCAGAAACGAGGUUUACCUCAUGCUCACAUUUUGAUUAUCUUGAAACUGGAAGAUAAACCUAGAACAGCGACGUUGAUUGACAAAAUUGUUAAAGCAGAAAUUCCCAAUAAAGAUACACAUCCACGACUAUUUGAGGUUGUGACAAAAAAUAUGAUUCAUGGCCCGUGCAAUAAGCCAGGAUCUAGAUCACCAUGUUUAAUAACUGGACUUAAACCUAAAUGUUGUAAAGGAUUUCCAAAGCCUUUCCAAUCAGAAACACAAAACAAUGUCAAUGGUUAUCCAGCAUAUCAAAGACGAAAUUUAGGUACCGUGGUACUCGACAACCAAACUGAAAUUAAUAACAGCUGGGUUGUCCCUUACAACCCUUAUUUAAGUUUGAAAUACAAUUGUCAUGUUAACGUGGAAGUGUGUGCAUCUAUAAAAAGUGUUAAAUACCUCUUUAAAUAUGCCUACAAAGGACAUGAUUGUGCUAAUGCACAAAUAAGUAUCGAUGAAGUACAGACGCAUGUCGAUUCAAGAUACGUCAGCCCACCUGAAGCGGCCUGGCGAAUUUUUAAAUUUAAAAUGCAAGAUCAAAGUCAUACCGUUAAACGGUUGGCUGUGCAUCUUCCAAAUGAUCAAUCAGUCACAUUUGAUCCUGAUGAAAUUGACGAAGCAAUUCAAAAAGCUGAACAUAGAGAUUCGACUUUGAUGGCUUGGUUCAAGCUAAAUCAGACAAAACAUGAAGCUCGAAAUUUUAAGUAUCAUGAAAUUCCAGAGCAUUAUGUAUUUAAUGCAAAAUGUCAGUGGGUGAUUCGCCAAAGAGGACAAGAAACGACAAUUGGUCGAAUGUAUCCCGUAAAUAUGAGAGACACUGAAAGGUACUUCUUGAGAUUAUUACUUUUACACGUAACAGGGGCAACGUCUUUUGAUGCCCUCAGAACAUUUAAUGGACAAAUAUUUCCGACAUUUUAUGAAGCCGCAUUGGCUAGAGGACUUACUAUGAAUGAAAGCGUUUGGGAUGACACUCUUAACGAUGCAGCAUAUUCCUCUAUGCCAAGACAACUCAGAGAGUUAUUUGCAUAUAUUUGCGUGUUCGAGGGUUUCGCUGAUGCUAGAGAUCUCUGGAAUAAGCAUAGAGAAAAUUUAGUCGAAGACUUUGCUAGAGUUCACGGUCAUCCUCCUGGAUCCACGUGCGAAGGCUGUGAUAAUUACACCCUGAGAGAUAUUCAAGAUAAUUGA